AUGCACAACGAUCGAAGAAAUAUUCUCUUUGAUGAUGUUGGUUUCAACGUGGACGCAACAUCACCAACACAAAGUCUGGAUUUUUUUGAUAGCGGGUUUAGCUCUAGAAGUUCUGUCGGAGGAGCUUCAUCACCACCUCUUGGAGGAGAUGUUCAUUCGAGCGGAGCAAUGGAUUCAUCAAUGAAUAUGCAUGCAUCAUCAUCAAGUGGUCAUAAUUCUGGUGUUGGUGGAUUUGGUAAUUUAUUUGGAGCCUUUCAAAAUGGAGGAGGAAAUAUGCUUUUUCAAAAUCCGGCAGCUGACUUUAUGUUUAAUUUGGGAGUCAAUCAAAUAUAUGACAGUGUUGGAGAACGAACAAAUGAUAUGAGUAGCCGAUAUUGGCAAUGGUUUGACGGAUUGAAAUGUUAUUUUAAUGUGACAAACAGUUAUGUCAGCAGAAAAUUAUUGAUGGUCUUGUUUCCCUUCAAAAAGUUCCAAGAUCAAUCCAAUACAUCAUCAGCCAAUUUCAACCCAUCUCAACAAGGAAAUACUCCUACUCCUCAACAGGAAAGACAUCUAAAUGGCCCAGAUUUAUACAUCCCUCUCAUGGGAUAUAUUACCUACGUAUUGUUGGUGUGUUUUAUCAUGGGCGCUUACAAGGAGUUUAAACCCGAUCUUCUGUACAGUAUCGGAAUGAAAGGUUUCAUCACGUCACUUUUAGAAAUUUCGAUUGUAAAAUUUGGAUUUUAUUUCCUUGGUGUUCCAAGUAGUUUAGGAGUUCUUGAUGUGGCUGCCUAUUCAGGGUACAAAUAUAUCGGAAUUAUUUUGACCUUAUUAUUGACAUCUCUAUUCGGAACCUAUGUGUAUUAUCCUGCAUUACUGAUUUUCAGCAUUAUGAUGUCCACUUUCAUGAUCAAGUCAUUAAGAAGAGCCGGUGUUCACUCAUCAGACAACAGUAUGAGACUUAGAGGAGAUAGCACUGCUUCAAAGAGAAAUUACUUUAUAUUUGUGGUAGCCCUUUUGCAAAUUCCAUUCUUCUUCUUCCUUACUUUUAGUUAUGCCAAGCCAUUGUUUGAUUUGAUGGCCUCUUCUUCCUCUCCAUUGAGCAAUUCGCCACUCUCGACAACAACUGACACAGGCAGCGCGUUGAAUCAGCCAAACACUAUCAACAACCUUAAAUAA